AUGAAAAACGCUGGUACCAUUGAUGAACUGAACGCAGGACUGCAACAGCCGUCCAUUGGAAAAAUUUUAGACGCACAAGGGUCGCUUCCAUCGGCUUCCAGCGUUAGUGAAAAACACCGCAUCUGUGAUCUUCUGGUUCGCCAUAUCCUCAUCGAUUCCGUGCAGUUUUUGAUAAACGAUAUGAGAGAAGGUCUUGAAACGCUUGGCGUGCUGCAAGCGAUUCAAAGAAACCCGGAAAAAUUUAGAGAAUUGUUCAUUAAAGAAUACUUGCCGAAGUUAGACGCAGAAAUUGUUGAUCUGCUUUUCGUCCCAAAACUUGCGGAGGAAGGCUCAAACAAGCGGGCAGCGCAAGAGCAAGCAAUAGUGUACUGGCGUGACUAUUUGCAAGAUUGCAUGG